AAUUUAAUAACAUUAAAGUUUUAUAUGUAAUCCUCCGGCAAAGACAAAUUUCAAAAGCCGCCAGUUGUCUAUACUCUAUUGAAUUAUAUUCUUUCGAACACAAACGCUUUAAAAAUCCCUAAUCGUUUCAUGCAAACAAUUGCUUGUUUUCUUUAGAAUUGCGCCAGGCUGUUUAUUUCCGUACAUUUACUGAACGAACUGUAAUAAUGCGAAAACAUUUAAUUGGAUUCUUUUUAUUAUGUGCAUUUUUGUCGAAAACCACAACUUCGUUGAGUUAUGACAGAAACGGUUAUAUUGCUUACUGUCCAUGCAUGGGUAGAUUUGGGAAUCAAGCUGAUCAUUUCUUAGGAGCCCUAGCUUUUAGCAAAGGCAUUAACAGAACAUUAAUAUUACCCCCUUGGGUUGAAUACAGAUAUGGAGAGUCAAAGUCUAUUCAGAUACCUUUUGAUACAUAUUUUAAUGUUGACUCCCUUCAGACAUUUCAUAAAGUUAUAACAAUGGAAUCUUUUAUAAUAGAUAUAGCACCUAUACUUUGGCCGAGUAGUAAAAGAAUUUCAUUUUGCUACACAAAAAGAGCUGGUGAAGAAAAUGAAAGUUGUAACGCUAAAUCAGGAAACCCAUUUGGACCAUUUUGGGAUACCUUUAAUAUUAACUUUGUUGGAUCAGAGUUCUAUGGACCAUUGAAUUAUGAUGCUCAUAAUAAAGACAUGAUGAAUAAAUGGAAAAAUAAAUAUUCCUCUGGAGAUUGGCCAGUUCUUGCCUUUACAGGUGCUCCAGCAAGUUUUCCUGUUCAAAAGGAGAAUAUAUAUUUACAAAAGUAUUUGUCAUGGAGUGAUGAAUUCAAAACAAAAUCUAAGAACUUCAUAAAGAACAAUAUGAGUGGAGGUGGAUUUCUUGGUAUUCAUCUUAGAAAUGGGCCAGAUUGGACUAAAGCAUGCAGACACGUUCAUGAUAGUCCCAUGUUGUUUGCUGCUCCUCAAUGUGUUGGUUAUAAAAAUGAAAAAGGGCCAUUGACAAUUUCUAUGUGUCUUCCAGAUAAAAUGGACAUUGUUAAACAAGUGAAGAGAGCUUUGAAAAAACUAAGCGACAUUAAGUACAUAUUUGUUGCGUCAGAUUCAAAUCCUAUGAUUGAUGAUCUUAAACGUUCCACAAACAGUCUAGAUAUAAAAAUUGUCACACUACAACCUUCCAAUCCACAUCUUGACUUGGCAAUUCUUGGACAGGCAAACUAUUUCAUUGGAAAUUGUGUAUCAUCCUUCACUGCUUUUGUAAAAAGAGAAAGGGACAGUAAAGGCUUACCAUCAGAAUUCUGGUCAUAUCCGUACCGUAAAAAAAUGAAACACGACGAAUUUUAAGACAGUAAUAGUUUGGACAUUUUUAACUAUGAACGUAUUUUACGCAAUCUGAACUACGGCCGGCUCACACAGGCAGCGACUUCAAUACUUGUACAACCGCAGGCUAUCCUUGAAGAGUCUCACGUAUUGAAAAGGCUGCUCUUUUUAGAUUCUGAUAUGUAAUUAAAUUGUUUAGAGCUUUGGUUGUUGAAUGGAUGUGUCACCAUCAUCCAAUAUGGGUUUGAUUCCUCUACAAAAGCUGAGAUCAGGUGUCGCUUCGUGUAAAAAUUUGACUUACCCAAUCCUUUUCCAUGGGUGGUGCAACCCGGGAACUCCAGAGAAGUCAGGGCCAUACCGGGAAUAUUUCCCAUCAAAUAUACAUAGUUUUGGGAAUAUUUUACAAACUUUCGCCAGGAAAAUCAUGUUAUUAAAUGAUUUUAUCUGUUAA